CGUGGACAAUAUGGCGGACAAACACCGCGCUAGGAAGAAUUGGAGAUGCACUUUAGAAAGGGCGGAAAAAUUCAUUUCCUCGCAAUAUUUCGCUGAUGUGAACUUAUUUAGUAGGUUAUAUCCUAAGAAACUGCCUGUAAGUUCCCUGACUCACUACACAGCUCCUGGAAGAGUCCCAUACAAUGAAGCUGUUUGUGGGAAGUUCGCAGAGGCACAAGUGGGAAACAGUUAUGGUCCUACGUGGUCCACUCAUUGGUUCAAAGUUGUCAUCGACAUUCCAGAAGAGUGGACAGGAGAAAUAGUGCAUUUCAGAUGGAACUCUGGAUCAGAAGCUAUGGUGUGGCAAGAAGGAAAACCCAAACAGGGCCUAACAGGUGAAGAUGGACAUCAACAGCGUACAGACUAUGUCCUCUCUACCAAAGCAACUCCUGGAAGCUGUACCUUGUACGUGGAAAUGGCUGCCAAUGGUAUGUUUGGUGCUGGAAAAGAUGGCCUGAUAAAUGCACCGGACCCGAAAAGACAUUACACGCUGUCCAUGGCUGAAAUUGCUGUGUUUGACGCUGAAGUUUACGAAGUUUUAAUGGAUCUUACUGUUAUCAUUGACCUGGCCAAGAAUCUCUCUCAAGAGAAUCCGAGAGCUUUCCAAGCUCUGUACACAGCAAAUGAUAUUGUCAACGCUUGCCAGAAUUUGUCGAAUGAUGGAUCACUUCAGAGAGCUCACGAGAUCGCUACAAGAUUUUUCAAGCAAACUAACGGUGAAUCUCAGCACCAGGUUCACGCGGUCGGUAACUGCCAUAUUGACUGUGCAUGGUUGUGGCCUGUUUCUGAGAAAGUUAGGAAGUGUGGGCGAAAUUUCGCUACUGCUGUGCGCUUGAUGGAAAAAUACCCUGACUUCAAAUUUGUUUGUUCACAGGAUGGUAAUAUUCCGAGUGGAGAAUCUUUCAUUCGCCAGUUUUUAGUUGGACAAGAUUUUCACCGGAAAGAAUUUGGGAAAGUUUGUCAAGAAUUCUGGUUACCAGACACAUUUGGUUAUUCUGCUCAGCUGCCGCAGAUUAUUAUCGCUAAGAUUAGAAUGUAUCUGACUUCUGAGAGCACAAAGACCCUUGUCCAUGCUUACGUUACUUGUCGACUGGACAAUUGUAACUCGUUGCUCCUCGGGUCACCGGACUAUAUUAUUCAGAAGCUCCAGCGCGUUCAAAACUGCGCCGCACGCCUUGUAGCUGGGCAACCUAGGGCUGCGCACAUUCGCCCCGUCCUUAAGGAGCUACACUGGUUACCUGUGGAGCAGCGAAUUACCUUUAAAGUAUUACUGUUAACUUUUAAAGCUCUCAAUAAUCUGGCGCCUCCGUAUUUAAGUCAACUUAUAGUCCCAUAUAACCCUACAAGAAAUCUUAGGUCUGCUGGCAAACAUUUAUUAGAAGUACCGAAUGUGCGCCUGAAGAGCUAUGGGGACAGGGCCUUUUCGGUCGCUGCCCCAAAGCAAUGGAAUGAUAUUCCCUUAGACAUUAAAUUAAGUGGAUCAGUUGAUGUUUUUAAAUCUAGAUUGAAAACUUAUCUUUUCAGACUCGCUUUCAUUUGACUUUUUGUUUUAGUGUUAUUGUUAGUUAGUUAUUUUCUUUUUUGAUUGU